AUGAGCGCCCGGACACUAACCAAUGUCGUAAACGACCAGACUGUUGCCCUCAAUGCCCUCAUCUAUGGAUAUGCCGGCCACAGUCUCGUCACUCCCCAGCAUGCCCUCCAGCAGAUCUGGUGGACCGAGGAGAGGAUCAAUGAAAAGGUCACCCAAGAAUUCGUCAUGUCUCGCCUACAGCCUCACGACAGAGAACGUCUUACCCAGCCCGUAGGAUUUGGCGACCUGAGCGACGACACGUACCUUGAAUGGAUAAUAGAAAAGGCCCGCCGCUUGUUCCUCGUCCUCGUCGAGAUUGGCGAGGCAGACCGCAUUUUUGCCGUCGUCGACAAAUCCUGGGAUGACGACGACCUCCCGAUUGGGCUAGAUGAUAUUGAGCAGCUGUCGCUCUCCAAUCGCCGCGACAACCACGCCAAUGCCCGCUUCUACCACACCCAAUUUGCCUUUUUGCUGCGAGAGCUGCGAGAGGGCGUCCACAUCGACUAUGCCGAGAACGAGGAGCUGCCUAUUGAAAAUGUCAUGUCCCUUCCCGUCGCCGUGACCUUGCAGCCCUGGUCGCGCAUACACUUGCCCAAGAAGCCAAAGGAAAUCUACAUGCGCCGCAGGUUCGCCCUUGGCACUGCAGAUGACCCCGAUGCCUUCCGCCAAGAUUUUAUCCUCGAUGUGGAGAGUGCAAGGAUGGUCGAACACGACCACAUUGCCCCUGUCUGGGCCUCGUACACCGCAAAAGGCCAUGGUUACAUUGUGAGUACCUUUGUGGGCCACCAUACUCUGCGCACCUUCAUCGACCAUCGCAACCCGGCGCAAUACCAGAAAUUGCCAAAACCCGAACGACGGUGGCUAGUGCUCAACUGGCUGCAUUGUCUGGCCGACGCCAUUUCGACACUGCACCAAAACGGCUUCUGUCAUUCCGCCAUCCGGCCAUCUAGAAUACUCAUUGAUGAACAGAAUGCCAUUGCCUUUAGCGACAUUGGCAGCCUAGAGACAUUCCAGAAAGACAAGAAGCCCGAUGCCAUGGAUGCAUACAUUUACAGCGCCCCCGAGGCACAUGCCAGUCCAGACCCGCCCGGUCUGCAAUCCCCUCCACAUACACCCAGAGUCCCAAACAGGCAACACGCAUCUGUGAUGAGCAAAAGCUCAUCAGGAUCCUCGAAAAGCGGGGGUUCGCAGCGCCAGAAGCUGACCAAACCCCUGAAUACCGACUUUUCAGGCUUCAACUUUGGAUUCAAAAAGUCUGACCGAGCGCCUGAGCAUCGCUCGCGCGUGAGCGAAACCGAGAAAGCAGACAUUUUCUCUUUGGGCUGUGUGUUUCUCGAACUGAUUACCUUCAUGCUGAAGAAGAAGCCUCAUGAUUUCAUCAAACACCGGUCCUCAAAACUAAAAAUCAGUACCGGCGGCAAGAGCUCGCGCACCGAUUCGUCGUAUCACGCCAAUCUUGACAAGGUCGAGACUUGGAUGGCAGUGCUAGAAAAGGCAUCACUCGAAAAUGAUGACGAUGCAAUCCGCGCAGUCCCCAACAUUCUAAAUCUGAUCCGAACUAUGCUCAGCAAAGACCCCAUGGAACGCCCAUUGGCACGUGACGUGCGAGACGACCUAUUUGACAUUCUUCAAUGCACUUCGAUGCUUGACAUACAUUGUGGCGCACACAAGCAUGAUAUCGGCAUCGCGGCAUCUGCAUUUUCAAGUCGAGAGAGAGCAUCGAGUAUGGCGUCGUUUUCAACCAUGUCGACAAUGAGCUCGGCCUUUUCCGAUACCGACACAAUACGCUCUGGCACGACGCAGGUAAACUCCAUCUUGGACUACUAUUCUGACAAGCACACACUGCCUGGAAUCAUAGAGGAUGACAGCGCUUCGCUACAAACGCUGGAGCCACCAGCCACAUCGCCUUGUGCCGUCAAGUACAAUGAAACGCCAAGACUGCCAGACUCUCCGACGAUGCCUGAACCACCACAGUCACCCUCUUCGCCCGCGUACGCGCGUGGGCCUAGUCCAUCGAGACCGACCGCGUCAGCUGCCAAGGUGAAGCCAUGGAACAAACCAUUCCUUCUGCUUCCAUAA